CCUCCUCAGACUGGCUGUUUGUUCACACAGCCCACUGAACCAGCACAGAGCAGACUCCUUUCAUUCUCCCUCUCUGCAUCCAGCUGCUGAUCGAGCCUCUGCUCCUCACUGCUCCUCUCUGAUGGCUCUGUGGGUUUUACUCCUCUGCUCUUUGUUCGGAGUCCUCCUCGCUCAAGGAGAAGAAAACAUCUCCUUAGAUGAUUGCUGUAAACAUGGCCAGACUUAUGGAACUGAGAACAAAGAUUGUGCAUCCCUUCCUCUCAUCUCGGGCUCAACCACGUGCAGGAUAGUGCAGGAGCAGUGCUGUGUUACAGUCCUGGAGGACAACAUGUGCACCACUGGUAUCAACGUGGCAAAAGACCAAGGAGCCUGCGACUCUUUGUUCACCAACACCUGUGAGACCAAGACUACAAAGAUAUGCUGUGAUUGUUGCCUUCUGGGGAAGGAAGCCAAUGAGCGGAACAUACCCUGUGACCACAACCUGUCUGUGGGUUACCAGUGCAGCCUAGUGGUACGGGCCUGCUGUGUGCAUAGCACUUCAGACAACCAGACCGUACAAACGGAAAACAUAGAAUAUAUCGAUGAGUGUGAGACGGGCAUCCACAACUGUGGCCCACAGUUUGAGUGCCAAAACACCCAGGGCUCAUUCCGUUGUCUUCCAAAGAUUAAGUGUGCCGCUGGUUUCAUCCAGGACGCACUUGGAAACUGUAUUGAUAUCAAUGAGUGUGUCACUCAGACAAGCCCAUGCCACCGAGGGCAUAUCUGCAUUAACACUUUGGGCUCAUUUACCUGUCAGCGAAACUCCGUUAACUGUGGUCGAGGAUACCACCUCAACGAUGACGGCACACGCUGUAUUGAUAUCGAUGAGUGUAAAGGCACUCAGGAAGUCUGUGCAGGUCAUGCUUGCAUCAACCAGCUUGGAUCCUACCGUUGUGAGUGUGAAACUGGAUACAACUUCAACAGCAUCACUCGUACUUGUGAAGAUAUAAAUGAAUGCAGGCACUACCCUGGCCGCCUGUGUGCUCAUAAGUGUGACAACACCCCGGGGUCCUACAAAUGUAGCUGCACCACAGGCUUCAAGCUGGCCAGUGAUGGCAGAAAUUGCGAUGAUCUGAAUGAGUGUGAGAGCAACCCAUGUAGCCAGGAGUGUGCCAACGUGUACGGCUCCUACCAGUGUUACUGCCGCCGUGGCUACCAGCUCAGCGAUAUUGAUGGCAUGACGUGCGAAGAUAUAGAUGAGUGUGCCCUGCCCACGGGAGGCCAUAUUUGUUCCUAUCGUUGUCACAACACCCCAGGCAGCUUCCACUGCUCCUGUCCCAUCAACACCUACACUUUGGCAGUCAACGGGCGCAGUUGCCAAGAUGUUGAUGAAUGUGUCACGGGACGACACACGUGUGCAGAAAAUGAGAGCUGCUUCAACAUACAGGGAGGACACAGAUGUUUGUCUUUCGAAUGUCCCAAAAACUACAGACAAUUUGGACAGACAGCGUCGACGCUUCAGCGCUCUGACACUGUCCGCUGUGUCAAGUCCUGUCAGCCCAAUGACAUCGCUUGUGUUCUGGAUCCAACACACUCAGUGUCCCACACCUUCAUUUCCUUGCCCACCUUCAGAGAGUUCAUACGGCCAGAGGAGAUUGUUUUCCUGAGAACCACGGUGCCGGCUUACGGAUCCUAUCACUUAGGCAGUUAUGAUGUCAACUUUGACUUACUCGAGGGGAAUACUGAGAAUGCCUUUGAUGUCAUCAAGCGAGUGGAGAAUGGAGUGUAUGUUGGUGUCGUUCGCCAAGUAAAGCCUUUGAUUGGUCCAAUGUCAACAGUACUGAAGCUCUCUAUGCGCAACCGGACAGCUCAGGGCGACUCUGGCCAGAACAUCAUCAACGUUCAUGUCUUUGUCUCAGAGUUUUGGUUCUGAGAAGAAGAUGGCAGAAUUUUCAACACAUAUUAAGACAUCUAUUGUCAACACUGUACACUUUACUUUUGUAACAUUCACACAUGAAUCAGUGACAAGGUUUUAAUACGUUUUGACAGUGUUAUCAGUUUUGAUUGUUGCUGAGACUGAAGGCCACUACAUGUUUCUGAGGAGAGCUUUUACAUUUUGGAUCCUUUCUGAAAUCAGCUUAAAGAUGAACAAACAUGAAGAGAUUUUAAUAAAUGUUAUAUGUUUUGUUUUUAGUUGAAAGUGCAUGCUUGUAGAGAAUUUAAAGAUUACAUUAAAGACAUUUAACAACGUUCUUUUUUCUUUUGUUAUACAUCUUUGUAUUCUAAAAUUAUCUUUUCAUUUUUUAUUAUAUGUAUGGUUUUGUACUUGAGUUUUUUUUAUUUGUUUUUUGUUUAUUGACAGAAUAAACACUAUUUUAGUUACA